AUGGGGACUAAAAAUCUUAGUAAAAGUUUAACGAUAAUUUGUCUAAUCAAUGCAAUAUUCUUGAUUGUGCAAACGGCAGGACAGAUGGAACCAAAGAAAACCUGGUCGUAUGAACUUAAAUCACUUACUUCUCAAUCUUCAGAUACUGAAAAGAUGAAAGUUGAUUUAGAUAUUGAAAGAGUUUCUCGUGGUGUCUAUGCCAUUUCCGGUACUAUACUUAUUAAUUUUGAUAUUGUCGAGGGUGAUGGAAAUACUAUUGCAGCUAAAUCUUAUCGCAGUGCCCAGGGUGAUAAUGAAUACAAUGUUUUACCCUUUCAAAUGCCAGCCUUACACUUUCAUAAUUUCUUCAACACUCACUACAAAGAUGUUUUAAUGGGCACCUUAAAGGACUGCUCAGAUCUACCGGUUUUCGAGGAUACUUUUGAGCCACCCUUUGAAAAAAAACUAUAUACCUUUGAUGCCUGCCAGUUUUCUCAAGAUGGUCUGCCUAAUCAUUUACAAGAAGGUUUCUAUAAACUUGUAAUUAUUGGCACGGGCGCUGUUGAUUGGGAAAUGGAAAUAAUUGCUGAAGUUACACCCGCAAUGUAA